GCGAGUGUGUGACUUAUGCGUGAGUAAUAGGUGUAAUUAAAACAUACCAGGAUACGUAAGCUACAGAAUAAGGUUACACCAUUGUGAUUAAAUAUGUGCCUUAGAUCAAGAAACAGUUAAUAUGGUGUUAAAUACGAACCUCAGGGAUAAGUGGAUCGCUGAAACUUACGCUUAUAAACUGAAUCUGUGGCUAAAAUGGCUACCGAAAUGUGGUCGUGCUCUUGUUGUCCAGAGGCAUUUACAUGCUGGCUACGCUUUAAAUUGACACCUGAAGAGAUAGAACAGCGUAUGAAAAGUCGGGAAAUUGAUCGUGUCAUCGAAAAAGAUAAACAGACUUAUAAACGCCAAGUUAAACUGUUGCUUCUAGGCGCGGGUGAAAGUGGAAAAUCUACUUUUCUGAAGCAAAUGCGAAUUAUCCACGGCGUUCAAUUCGAGCCAGAACUUAUUAAGGAAUACCAACAUGUCAUUUAUCAAAAUAUUGUUAGAGGAAUGCAGGUGCUCAUUGAUGCACGGGACAAAUUAAAUAUUAAAUGGGAGUGCCCCUCAAAUCAAGUGCCUUCUGACCAAGUCAGGACGUUUCUUACUGGGCACAAUCUUGACAUGAAAUUAUUCCAAGAAUAUUCUAGGCCAAUUGAAAUGCUUUGGCAAGACAAAGCAAUAAAGCAAGCUUAUGACAGGCGUAGGGAAUUUCAGCUUAGUGAUUCAGUACAAUAUUUCCUGGAUGAGAUAAAGCGCAUUUCAUGCAAUGAUUAUUUACCAACACACAAAGAUAUCUUGCAUUGUCGGAAAGCCACAAAAGGAAUUUUUGAAUUCUCAAUAAGAAUUAAUAACAUACCAUUUUUGUUUGUUGAUGUUGGUGGCCAAAGGACACAACGCCAGAAAUGGACACAAUGCUUUGAUUCUGUCACAUCAAUACUUUUCCUAGUCUCCUCUUCUGAGUUUGAUCAGGUUUUAUCAGAGGACAGAAAAACCAAUAGACUCGAGGAGUCCAGGAAUAUAUUUGAUACUAUAGUCAACAACAUACACUUCAGUGGAAUUUCCAUAAUUUUAUUCUUGAAUAAAUCAGAUCUGCUGGUAAAAAAAGUAACAAAUCCUGAUACUGAUAUUCGCUGGUAUUAUCCUCAGUUCACUGGUAAUUCACAUUCUGUGCAUGAUGUACAGGCUUUUAUAUUAUCAAUGUUUACUAGAGUUAAGAAAAAUCCCAAAAUGUCUUUAUACCACCAUUUUACAACUGCGGUGGAUACACAAAAUAUUGAAGUUGUUUUCAAUUCUGUCAAAGACACAAUACUGCAUAGAAAUUUAGAAUCUCUAAUGUUGCAAUAACGAUAUGAAUUAAUUUUAUAUCAUGUAUUUUUACAAUAUGAAUUUAUCGUUGCAAUGUGCGCUUCCUUCAAAUAAUUUUCUAUUUAAUGACUGCCUAACAUUUUGAGUAAAGCCAUUCAUUUAUAUUGAAAAUAUAAAAAAGUGCCUUUAACACAGGAAUCCUCUGAAUAGUUACAAAUUAUUGUCAGUCAUUACACAAAAUAAAGUAAGACAGCUUAUUUGUAAUAAUAAGUGCCUUAAAAGACCCAUAAUACUCAAAUCUUGAAUAUAUUUAUAUUACAUAGUGCACAAAUAACAAUUUGCUAAAUAUAUUUUUCUGAGACCAAAAAUAUUUA